AUGAAAAAAUCUAUUUUUUUAAUUUUAUCAAUAUUUGUGCUAAAAGGAUUUACUCAAUGCAGUGAUGGCUGUAAUUAGUGUAAAAAAUUAGAAUAUGAAGAUCAAUAUAAUUGUAAUUAGUGUAAAGAAGGAUACAAUUUAGAUUAUGCACAUAAUAUUUGCAUUUAUUAGUAAUGUUCAGCCAAUCUAUAUUAUCAGUAAGAAUUAUUUGAAGAAAAUAAAAAUUAGAGCUGUUUAUCUAUUUGUGAACCUUUGUUUUAUGGAGAUCCUCAAUCAAAUACUUGCAAAGAAAUACAUUAAUGUUCUACUUUAUUUUCUACUAGCCAAAAUAUUUAAAACCCAGGUAUUCCAACUGAUUUUUUUAUUUAUUAGCAAAUGUAUUAUGUUGCUUUUAAUUAAGGCUACCUUUCAGUGUAUGAUAGAAAAGAUAUGUAUCUUAUUAAAAAUUUAAGAUAUCUUAGUAACGAUUUGAACAUUAUAAAUAUAGAUGGAAUAAUUAUUGCUUUUGGAUCAUCUUAAUCUGUUUACAUUUGGGAUAUUAUUAAUGAAAGUAGAACUUAGAUAAAAUAAUCAAAUCUUAUUUAAAUAAAUGAAUAGACAUAGGCAACUUAAUAUAAGGAUUAAUAUAUAAUAAUCUUCAAUACAAAUCAAUCUAUUUCAGAAUUCUAAAUUAUUUAUGAUAAAUACAAUUAAAUAUAAUUUGUUUCUUCCUCUAUUUAAAUUAACUAAGAUAAUUAAUUUGUUAAAAUUGUCAAUGAUUAUAUAUUUGUAGCGAGUUCCUCUACCCUUAUGAUUUACUAAGUUUCCCUACAAAUUAAAAAUUAAACAUUUAACUAUAACUUUACUUUGGUUUGCUUUUAUGAAGGAAAUUUACAAAAUGUCUUGGAUUCACCUUAAAAAGAUCUCUACUUCUCAAUUUACAAGGAUACAAUUUAGUCUAUAAAUUUAAAAAAUAAUAGUUGCUUGACUGUUUUCUAGCAACCUUAAAUAUCAAAAGUCAAAAUAAUUAGCUAAGAAAUUUCAUUAAAUAAUUUAAAUUUGAUUAUACUAUUAAAAUCUUCAUUUAUUUUUUACUAAUGGAUGGAAAACUCUAUGAAAAGUAUAAAUUUGCAAAAUAUUAAUUCUAACUAAAUUUUAGAUUUUGAAGUAGGAAAUUUUUCAGGAAAUAGAAAUGAGCUAAUUAUAUUAGCAAAUUAAACAAUAAGCCUCUUUAAUCUUAACUUUAAUUAAUAUAGCACUCUCUCACAAAAUCUGCAGUUGUAGCUUUAAUCAUCAUCAAUAAAAAAGAUACAAACUUUAGAAAGUACCUCCAGUUUGGAAUCAUAGACUCAAUACGAAUUAGUAUUUUUUUAACCAACAAAAAUUUAAGUAUUUUACAGAAGUCAUAUCUAAUAGAAUUAUUUAGAUACUAAAAUUAUUGAAAAUUUCUAACUACCUUUUCUUACAACAAUCAGUUAAGUGAACGCACUUAUAAAAGUUUUUUCACCUCCCAUACUUAUUUCUUGUCUUUAAAAUGGUGAUUUUCUAUUUUAUGAUGCUUCAAAAUCUACAAGCCUUGAAUUAAUUUCAAGAAAAAAUUUUAAUUAAUAAACCUGUCUGUAGCUAGAUAGAUUUUUUAAUAAUAAUAUAGUUGCAGUAACUAAUUAAUAGCUUCUAUUAAUAGACCCUACUUCAUAGAUUGUUUUAAAUGAAGUAAAAUAUUCAACAAAUAUUACUUAAAUGACUUUAAAUUAUGAUAAACUUGCAACAUUAUACUAAGAUUGUAUCCAAAUUUUCUCUAAUGAAUUGAUAAGCUUAUUUAAUACUUGCUCUAAUGAGUUUUCAAGCAAUAAUCUAAAAAUAGUUUUAAAUAAUGAUUUAAAAAUAAUUACAUACAAGUAGUAAGAGAUAUCAAUCUAUUAGAUAAAUUUAGUUGAUCAAUCCACAAAAUUAGUUUCAUCGAUAAAAUCAAUAAAUAAAAUUGUCUAUUUUGAUUUUGUUAAAGUAUUUAAUUAAGAUUUAGAUUAAAUUAUGAACACAUUUACAAUAGAUGAAAUAUUAUUUUAUGAUAGCUUAAAUAACUUUAACAUUUAUAAUAUUAAACUUAAUUAAACAUUAGUGAAAUCUAACAUUAAUAUUUAACAAAUAAGUGAAACAAAAAGAGUUAUAAAUGAUUAAGAUAUUUACUUUAUAUUAGGCUACUAAGAUAUCAACAUAGCGGCUUAUCAUAUGGUUUAAUGA